AUAUUUACAUUAAUCACUAGUUUGAAAAAGCAGAAGUGCUUAAGCAGUGAGAUGUGGAACCAAACACGGCCUAUGGAAGAAAUAAAAUUACAAGUGUGAAUUUUUUAUUCUCCAUCUCUACUUGUGCUCAUCAAUGGCCAAGCCUAAGGCUCCUAGGCGAGCUCUCGAGUCUUACACAGUCAAGCACAUCAACAAAACAAUUAAACCCGGCGACUGCGUUUUAAUGCGUCCGUCGGAUCCUUCGAAGCCUUCCUACGUGGCGAAGAUCGACGGGAUCGAAUCCGACGCUCGUCGCGCCAACGUGAAGGUACGCGUGCGCUGGUACUACCGGCCUGAGGAAUCGAUCGGAGGCCGACGUCAAUUUCACGGCUCCAAGGAGGUCUUCCUCUCAGAUCACUACGACCUUCAGAGCGCCGACACAAUCGAAGGAAAGUGUACCGUCCACAGUUUCAAGAGUUACACGAAGCUUGACGCCGUCGGGAACGACGAUUAUUUCUGUCGUUUCGAGUAUAACUCCUCUACCGGAGCUUUCAAUCCCGAUCGCAUCGCCGUGUAUUGCAAAUGUGAAAUGCCUUACAACCCUGAUGAUCUAAUGGUUCAGUGUGAAGGAUGCAGCGACUGGUUUCACCCUACUUGUAUAAACAUGACUGCCGAGGAGGCUGGAAGACUUGACCGCUUCUUCUGUGAAAACUGUUCUACUGAAGGCCAAAAGAUGCUGCAGAAUUCUCUUACCACAGCCACUCAGUCAGAUACUAAGGAUCAUACUUUUAAGACCCUGGAUUCUAAGUUCUAGCCAAGGGAAUAUGUUGUUGAUUCCAAUUCACAAGACUAAUAUGUGAUGGAGGCGUUUCAGGUCAAUACAAAACGACGACGGAGAUGAUAGUAGGAACAUAACCCUUUUAAUCUUCGGGUAGGCUUCAGACAGACAUGGAGUAAAAGUAACCUACCUGACAAAGUUUAGUGCUUGUGAUUCGGUGGUAAGAGGCAAACUGGUCUGUAAAUGCUCUGUGUCUGGGGAACAGAUAGACAGACAGACAAAUGGUGACCUUGUUUUCCUUUGAAAGCCGAUGAUGUGUUUGGUUUUCUGUAAUUAUGUGAUGUAAAUUCCCCCUCCUUCCUUCCCCGUGGAUGGUGUCUUGGUUUAUGUAUAGCAUAGGCUAAUGUAUAAUACAAAAGGAUUUUAACUUUGAAGGGCAAUAGAUAAAAAGGUCAUUUCAUAUGUUUUA